UAACCUUUUUUCUUCUAAAAGUCCAAUAGCAAAUAUGACACAUUUCCAUAUCAUCUUAUGUUAUUUUAUAGAAAGAAAAGAAAGAUGUGACUGUUACACCUUAUUUUCAACUGUAAUAAAACUAUACAAUUUUCUUUUUUAUAUUUUAUACAAGGCAACUAGGCAAGGAGCGAAGACUCGAGAGUUACAAAUAAAAAUUGUUCCUCUCUCUCUCUCUAAUCCUCAGGUGAAAAUGGGAGAGGGGACAGAGGAGAAGUUAUCUUCUGUGGUCACCUCUCCUUGUGAUCCACAGGGUGAUAAUUUAUUGCAAGGUCAGUCUAGUAGUUGUAUUGAAAAGGAAUUAGAGCAGCCAGGUGCACUAAAGCUACCAUUAUGUGUGGGAUAUGGGGAAGGGUCGGAUCACGAGGGUGUUGGAAAGGAAUUUGAGCAGCCAGGUGCACUAAAGAUGCCAUUAUGUGUGGGGCCUUGGGAAGGAUCGAAUCACAAGGGUGUUGGAAAGGGAUUAGAGCAGUCGGGUGCAGUUAAGCUACCAUUAUGUGUGGGGCCUGGGGAAGGGUCGAAUCACGAGGGUGUUGGAAAAGGAUUAGAGCAGUCAGAUGCACUAAAGCUACCGUUAUGUGUGGGGCCUGGGGAAGGGUCGGAUCACAAGGGUGUUGGAAAGGGUUUAGAUUUAUAUGACAUGGAUGAGAGGGAAUUUACAGACAGCAUGGAUAUGGAUGAAAAUAGUGAUAAAUUGUUCAUGUCUGCAAAUUCUUGUGAAUCUACAGAAUAUAAGUAUAAUGAACUAGUUGAAAAAAAUGGAAGCCUUGGGGUUAGUGGUGGUUCAUUGGAAAUCAAAUCUAUGGGGAUUGAUGAUGGUUUGGAGUUCCCUAACGAUGUUAAAACCACGGGUGAGAGUUUUGAAGGAUCUGGUGUAGCAAUUGGUGGAGAUGAAAGUGAGACGUCGUCAAAAUAUGAGCAUUCGGAUGAUGAGGACUCGAUGUAUGGAGGAAGCACUAAUGAUGAGAAGAACUCUAGUUCGUAUUAUGGAAGAGGGGCAGAGCUCUCUCUUGAAGAGAAUGACAAGGAUGGAAAUAAGUUGGGUAUGAGUUCAGCAAUAGCCUUUGGUUCGGAUGAUUGGGACGAUUUCAUGCAGGAAAAUGGAGAAUUUACUCUCUCGUCAAUGGUGCAUCAUGAACUUCAGCCUGAAAACCGGUCGACUGUUCAAAGUGAAAGUGAAUGUUUGAAUACUGCUACUACUGUCGGUAUUGAGUAUUCUAGUGUUGGUUUAUCAGUGCCUAAAGAAGAGGGCCUUCCAAGUAAUCAUGAUCAAGCUGGUGAUAAUUUAACCAACUAUCUUAGUACCUGUUCCGUGGACCCUUUGAGUCUUUUGAACCAUGGUAAAUCUGAGCAUGUUGAAGAUGAGAACGCCAUGCUUAUUACAAACAAUCAAAUCCAAUGCAUUAAUGGAUCAGCCGAGUUCCUUGAGCAGUCUUCUGCUUUCAAAUUGUUUAAACAGGACAAAAGUCCACAAACCCAAAUAGAAGAAGUUCCUAUCAAAGAGGAUUUAAAAAUUGAAGAUGGUGAAUGGGAAGUGAAACAUCAAGGUGCUUAUAAUGAGGAAGUAAUUCAUACCCACGAUGAUCUUGUUUCCGGAGAAGUGGAGCUAAAGGACAGAAGUUUAUUAUUUGACUCUCUAUCUCAUCCUGAUAAAAAAGAAUGCCAUUCAUCUACAGAUCCUUCCAAAGAGGUAAAGUUAGAAGUAUCCACAGACCGAAGCUCAUCUACAUCAUCGGCAUCAAUGGCUAAUGAUCAUACGAAUGCUAAAAGUACCUCCCUUUCAGUUGGUUGCUCUGAAAAUCAUCUUGCAUGUAAGACACAGAAUCUUGAGUUAAAUGAAUUAUAUGACGAGCUUGUUCAUGAUAUGGAAGAGAUAUUACUUGAAUCUGGUGAAUCUCUUGGAUUCAGUUUUGGUAACAGAAUUUAUCAAUCAUAUAUACCACUUCCUUCAAGAGAUGGUGGUUCUACUGCUUCUACUUCUGGUACUGACGAUGCUGAUGCUGUACGUCAACACCCUCUGAGAUUUGACAGGGUGGAGGUCAUUGGUACAAGAUGGAAGAAAGGGGAUGUUUCACUUAGUGAGAGGUUAGUUGGAGCAAAAGAAUAUACUGUAUACAGGAUAAGAGUGUGGAGUGGCAAGGACAAUUGGGAGGUAGAAAAACGGUAUCGUGAAUUUUCUGCUCUCUAUUGGCGGUUGAAGAAGUUAUUUGCAGAUCAAGGCAGGAUUCUUCCGCCUGUCUGGUCCUGCGUUGAGCAAGAAUCACGGAAGGUUUUCGGAAGUGCUUCUCCAAAAGUUGUUGCUGAUCGAAGUGUUCUUGUUCAAGAGUGUUUAAAUUCCCUUCUCCAGUCAAGGUUUCCUACAGGUGCCCUCAAUGCUGUAGUUUGUUUCUUAUCUCUGUCUAAGGAUCUUCCAGAUUCUCCAACUUAUGAUGCAAAUGUACUUCAGUCUCCAUCUACUUUGAGAAGCAGAAGCUUGGGGAAGACUAUUUCUCUCAUCGUAAAUAAAAGGCCUUAUAAAUCAGAUAAACAGUUGCUAGAUGAACAACACUAUUCUUGUGCUGGUUGCUACAAAAAUUUUGACGAUGGGAAGACUCGAAUACAGGAACUUGCGCAGACUAUGGGUUGGGGAAAACCUCGUUUUUGUGAAUAUAGUGGUCAGUUGUACUGCUCGUCAUGCCAUACAAAUGAUAUGGCCGUCUUGCCUGCAAAGAUUCUGCAUCUCUGGGACUUUAAUCAAUACCCAGUUUCUCAGAUGGCUAAAUCUUAUCUGGACUCUAUCCAUGACCAGCCAAUGCUUUGUGUCAGUGCCGUCAAUCCGUUGCUGUUCUCAAAGGUCCCAGCUUUGCAGCAUGUCACAAAUAUUAGAAAAAGGAUAGGAACUAUGCUUCCAUUUGUUCGCUGCCCUUUCCGAAGGUCCAUCUACAAGGGAGUUGGAUCUAGAAGAUAUCUUCUUGAAAGCAAUGACUUCUUUUCUCUUAGGGAUCUCAUAGAUCUAUCCAAGGGAGUCUUUGCAGCUUUACCAGUUAUGGUCGAAACCAUCUCAAGAAAAAUUCUGGAGCAUAUAGCUGAGCAGUGCCUUAUAUGUUGUGAUGUGGGUAUACCCUGCAAUGCUCGGCAAGCCUGUGAUGACCCCUCUUCUCUCAUUUUCCCUUUCCAGGAAGAAGAAAUUGAUAGAUGCAAGUCUUGUCGGUCAGUUUUUCACAAGCAUUGCUUUAGGAGGAUAUCAAGUUGCCCUUGUGGAAUUCAAUUUAAGCCGGAGCAAGAGGGCAAUACAAGUAGGGGCAACCAAAGCGAGAACAGUGUGGGGGAUCUCUCCUUGGCCUUGCCAGGAAAGAAGGCAGACCUCAGUACUAAGGGGCUUUUAUCUAGAGUAUUCUCUAAGGUAAGAUCACUGAAGUCUAGCGAGGAUGGAGAACAGCGGCCUGAAGAUAAAAGUACUGUUAUUGUAAUGGGUUCAUUGCCUCUGACCAACCUCUGAAUACCUGCAUAUAUAUAUAUGCAUCCUUGUUUUUUGCGUUCCACGAAAAUCAUGUGAAUUGAAGCUUGUGUUUUAGCUAAGAUCUGUAAGAGUUGCCUUAUUCUUUCUGUCUGUCUCUCCGUCUCUCUCAUUUGGUCCUUUUGUAUUUUCCUUCAUUUGAUAUGUAUUCUUUUGUAUGAUAAUGUUUCAGAAACAAGGGUGAUUUUUUCUUC